CGUCUUAUCCAGAGAUGGGGAGGUAAAAAGGAGGGGGAUCCACCUAACCAACCAAGUUGCGUCGCGCCUAAAAAAAAUGGCCGCACGCGCUCCGCCCCGGCAGCACCGGUCAAUUCCUGCUGCUUCCUCGAGUCAACUGCUCCAGCGCAGCGCCCCACCCACGCCUUUUACCCGCGCGCCAGCGGCGGCGGCGGCGGCGGCGGGGUGAGGAGGUGAAGUGGGAGAGGCGGCGUGGACCUGCGACGACCUGCUUGCUGCCCAGCCUGCGAGGGCAAGCCACUGGUAGGUAGUACGUGCUUCUCUCUUCAGUCUUCACUGUCUGUGUGUGUGUGAAUUGGAAUUUGGAAGUGCUGGAGGUAAGCAGUAAGAGAAGGAUCAGAUUUGGAGAGGCUGAAUCUCUGAUUCUCUCUGGUGUUUAAAGAGUUUGUUCAAUUCGAAUUGUGGGUUUAAUUUUGGUGCCGUCUCUCACUGGGAGGGAUCACUGGAUCACAGUUGUGCUGCUUCUGGGAACGUUUUGGUUAAUUCUAUCAGGUGCCAUACUGGACUGGCUUGCUUGUUAACUGGGUUAGCCAGGGACUCCGGUAUUAUACUACUAUGAUCAGUUCGUGUACUUUUUUUCGCCGGGCAAGUUUCCCCAAGGAACUCUUUUGAUGCUGUAAUUAUAACUGAAGAGUCAUGGAUCUGCUCAGCGUCCUCCUAAUUAUAGCAUCUCUGCUCCCAUUUUCAGCAUCUGACCGUCAAGGUGAUGCACUAUAUGAUAUGAAGCUGAAGCUGAAUGCUACUGGUAACCAGCUUUCUGACUGGAACCAAAAUCAAGUUAACCCAUGCACUUGGAAUUCUGUUAUUUGUGACAACAACUACAAUGUUGUGCAAGUAACAUUGGCAUCUAUGGGAUUCACUGGAGUUCUAUCACCACGAAUUGGAGAGCUUCAGUUUUUGAAUGUUUUGUCCUUGCCUGGUAAUAAGAUUACUGGUGGCAUACCUGAGCAGAUCGGCAACCUAUCUAGUUUGACAAGUUUGGAUUUGGAAGACAAUUUGUUGGUUGGACCAAUACCGGCUUCUCUUGGCCAGCUUUCAAAGCUCCAAAUUCUGAUACUAAGUCAAAACAAUCUCAACGGAACUAUACCUGAUACUGUAGCAAGAAUCUCAAGCUUGACAGACAUUAGGUUAGCCUACAAUAAACUCUCUGGUUCAAUACCUGGUUCGCUGUUUCAAGUUGCACGUUACAACUUUUCUGGUAAUAACUUGACUUGUGGAGCAAACUUUCUGCAUCCAUGCUCAUCAAGUAUUUCUUAUCAAGGUUCAUCCCAUGGCUCAAAGGUAGGCAUUGUACUCGGAACAGUUGUAGGAGCAAUAGGGAUACUUAUAAUAGGGGCUGUGUUUAUUGUCUGUAAUGGAAGGAGGAAAAGCCAUCUACGAGAAGUUUUUGUCGAUGUAUCAGGCGAGGACGAUCGAAGAAUUGCAUUUGGUCAGUUGAAAAGAUUUGCCUGGCGAGAAUUACAACUUGCAACCGAUAGUUUCAGUGAGAAAAAUGUCCUUGGACAGGGGGGUUUCGGUAAAGUGUAUAAAGGAGCACUUCCAGAUGGCACUAAGAUUGCUGUAAAGCGGUUGACAGAUUAUGAAAGCCCUGGUGGGGAGGCUGCAUUCUUGCGUGAAGUAGAGCUUAUCAGUGUUGCAGUUCACCGGAAUCUUUUAAGAUUGAUUGGCUUCUGUACAACACAAACAGAACGUCUACUUGUUUAUCCUUUCAUGCAGAAUCUUAGUGUGGCCUAUCGUUUACGAGAAUUCAAACCUGGCGAACCAAUAUUGGAUUGGUCAGCAAGGAAACGUGUGGCAAUAGGCACAGCACGUGGACUGGAGUACCUGCACGAGCACUGUAAUCCCAAGAUCAUACAUCGAGAUGUCAAGGCUGCCAACGUCCUGCUUGAUGAGGAUUUUGAGCCAGUUGUUGGUGACUUUGGCCUGGCAAAGUUGGUUGAUGUACAGAAGACAUCAGUGACAACUCAAGUCCGUGGAACUAUGGGUCACAUUGCGCCUGAAUAUCUGUCCACAGGGAAGUCAUCGGAGAGAACUGAUGUUUUUGGUUAUGGCAUAAUGCUUCUUGAGCUGGUCACUGGACAACGCGCCAUCGACUUCUCACGGUUGGAGGAAGAAGACGAUGUGCUACUGCUUGACCAUGUGAAGAAGCUGCAGAGGGAAGGGCAGCUGGGCGCCAUCGUGGACCGGAACCUGAGCAGCAACUACGACGGGCAGGAGGUGGAGAUGAUGAUACAGAUCGCGCUGCUGUGCACACAGGCGUCGCCGGAGGACCGGCCGUCCAUGUCGGAGGUGGUGCGGAUGCUGGAAGGGGAAGGACUCGCGGAGCGGUGGGAGGAGUGGCAGCAGGUGGAGGUGACGCGGCGGCAGGACUACGAGCGGAUGCAGCAGCGCUUCGACUGGGGCGAGGACUCCAUCUUCAACCAGGAAGCCAUCGAGCUCUCCGCCGGCAGAUGACGACUGCGUACGUCCUGAUGCAUGUCACUUCCCAAUCCCAGUGUUAAUAGAUAUACAUGUAUGUAUAUGUAUGGUUGGCUCUUAGUUACCAUAGGGUUGGUUAUGUCACUAAAGAACCCAUGUCAAGCCUCCAUUUGUGUAGAGGAAAACAGCUAGAGACGCAUGUGUUCAGAGUUCAGACUUCAGAAGUCCCAAGUCGCAUCUGCUUGGCGAAGCCGAGCCACAUUUUCUACCAUCAUA